GCAGCAGCCUGUCUGUGACCUGGAUCUUCACUUUGAAACAAGAAGAGAUGCAAUCCCCACCUGAGCCUUUAGGCUGACAUGGCUCCAGGAAAGGACAGUAAUGGUGUUGACAACUACGCAUUUGCACUUGAGGGGCGCUUUUGUGAUCUACCUGACACAGAAUGUGGAGAAGAAAUGGACACGUCCACAGAGGGAAACAGCAACAAGCUAGCAUAUUGCGUGACAGAUGUACCUCCCUGGUACCUGUGCAUCAUCCUUGGCAUCCAGCACUGUUUGACAGCAUUUGGGGGAAUCAUCGCCAUCCCACUAAUCCUGUCUCAGGGGUUGUGUCUGCAGUUUGACGGCCUCACACAGAGCCACCUCAUAAGCACCAUCUUCUUCGUCUCUGGUAUUUGCACUCUGUUGCAAGUUACUUUCGGCAUUAGACUUCCCAUUCUCCAAGGUGGUACAUUCACGUUGCUGGCUCCUUCCAUGGCAAUGUUGUCCAUGCCAGAGUGGACAUGUCCUGCUUGGACACAAAAUGCCAGCCUCGUCAACACGUCCUCCACAGAAUUUAUAGAGGUGUGGCAGAGUCGAAUGAGAGCGCUGCAGGGGUCCAUUAUGGUGGGCUCACUCUUCCAGUUGUUUGUUGGUUUCUCCGGCCUCAUCGGCCUCUUCAUGCGCUUCAUCGGACCUCUCACCAUCGCACCCACCAUCUCUCUCAUUGGACUGUCUCUGUUUGACUCAGCCGGUACCAGUGCUGGCAACCACUGGGGUAUCGCCAGCAUGACCACAGCACUGAUCAUCCUGUUCUCACAGUACCUCCGUCACAUACCUGUGCCCUUUCCUACGUUCAGCAAGGAGAAAAAGCUGCACACCUCCCCUGUCUACGUCUUUCAGAUUCUCCCUGUUCUGCUUGGAAUAACUUUGCCUUGGCUUGUUUGCUACAUUUUGACAAUCUACAAUGUAUUUCCUACUGAACCAGACCAGUACGGCUAUCUGGCCCGUACUGACCUAAAGGGAGAUGUUGUGAGCCAAGCUCACUGGUUAACUUUUCCGUACCCAGGUCAGUGGGGGAUGCCGACUGUGAGCCUGGCAGGGGUGGUUGGCAUCUUAGCUGGUGUGAUUUCCUCCAUGAUAGAGUCUGUAGGAGACUACCACGCUUGUGCCAGGCUGUCUGGGGCUCCACCUCCCCCUAAACACGCUAUAAACAGGGGUAUUGGCAUUGAGGGACUGGGCUGUCUGCUGGCUGGAGCCUGGGGUACAGGAAACGGGACCACUUCAUACAGCGAGAAUAUUGGAGCCCUCGGUAUUACAAAGGUUGGCAGUCGCAUGGUGAUUGUGGCCAGCGGGGUCUUAAUGGUCGCCAUGGGUGUGUUUGGUAAAGUGAGCGCCAUAUUCACCACUAUCCCAUCACCUGUGGUUGGAGGGAUGUUCAUGGUUAUGUUUGGCGUCAUCUCUGCAGCAGGAAUUUCUAAUCUGCAGUAUGCCGAUAUGAAUUCUUCUCGAAACAUCUUCAUUUUUGGCUUCUCCAUGUUCUCUGGUCUGGUCAUUCCCAACUGGAUAUUUAAAAACCCCAAAGCUAUUGCUACAGGUGUCGUUGAACUCGACCAGGUGCUACUGGUACUUCUGACAACCAGUAUGUUUGUAGGAGGUUUCUUUGGCUUCUUUCUGGACAACACAAUUCCAGGAUCAAAGCAUGAACGAGGCAUCCUGGCUUGGAACAAAGCACACGAGGAUGACUCCAGCAACACACUGGAGAGCGGAGAAGUCUACAACCUCCCCUUUGGCAUCAGCUCUUACUUGUCUUCUUCCUCCUGGGUCCGGUCCAUACCUUUCUGCCCUCCUGCUGAGCCCAGCUCCCUGGAUGGAUGCACAGCAGAUACUAAUGCCCUGGAGCCUAAGCAGCAACCUGGACAUCCAGAGCCUUCACAGAUUAUUAUUGGAGUUGCUCUGUGAGUUGUGUACUCACUUUCAGCAUGCAAUUUUGGGAAUUUAGCAUACAACACAUCAGAGGCAGCUCAGUUUGAACUUCUUUUCAUUUGUUAAAGACACUGUACUGUACUGUGUGACCUUUUGGAGAGCUGUUUUGCAUAAGAUUGCUUAUGGUUUUCUUUAGGGAGGUACAUAAGUACCUGAUUAUUAUUAAUUGUUAUAAAUGAUAUGUAUAAAUCUUACAGACAAAUUUCUGUAGAGUAUUCACUUGAGUAAAACUAAUGAAUUAUUUAGUUUGCUUAUCAGUUUUAGAACGUGAUCACAAGCAGGUGCUAGUAGACCAGAAAGACACGUGAAUGUAAGUAGGUCCAUGAUGUUUUAUGUUUUUUUUAUUGCAUUUAGCAUAUAAAUCUUAUAAAGAGUUA